AUCCACACAGGGGAAAGACCCUAUGAAUGCCGUGAGUGCGGGAAAACCUUCAAUCGCAGUUCGCACCUUAUUAGGCAUCAAACAAUCCACAGAGGAGAGAGGCCCUAUGAAUGCCGUGAGUGUGGAAAAUGCUUCACUAGCAGCUCAGACCUUUCUCAACAUCAGAGAAUCCACACAGGGGAGAGGCCCUAUGAAUGCCGUGAGUGUGGGAAAAGCUUCACUUACAGGUCAGGCCUUUCUAGACAUCAGAGAAUGCACACAGGGGAGAGGCCCUAUGUAUGCAGUGAGUGUGGGAAAACGUUCACUCAAAGAUCAGCCCUUCCUGCUCAUCAGAGAAUCCACACAGGGGACAGGCCCUAUGAAUGCAGUGAGUGCGGGAAAACCUUCACAGAGAGAUCAAGCCUUUCUGUUCAUCUGAGAAUCCACACAGGGGAGAGGCCCUACAAAUGCCCUGAGUGUGGGAAAACCUUCAAUCGCAGUUCGCACCUUAUUAGCCAUCAAACAAUCCACAGAGGGGAAAGACCCUACGAAUGCAGUGAGUGCGGGAAAACCUUCAAUCGCAGCUCAAACCUUAUUAGCCAUCAAAGAAUUCACACGGGGGAGAGGCCGUAUAAAUGCUGUGAGUGUGGAAAAUGCUUCACUAAGAGUUCAGCCCUUUCUCAACAUCAGAGAAUCCACACGGGGGAGAGGCCCUAUGAAUGCCGUGAGUGUGGGAAAACCUUCACUUACAGAUCAGGCCUUUCUAGACAUCGGAGAAUCCACACAGGGGACAGGUCCUACGAAUGCAAUGACUGUGGGAAAAGCUUCACUCAAAUAUCAGCCCUUUCUGUUCAUCAGAGAAUCCACACGGGGGAAAGGCCCUAUGAAUGCCGUGACUGUGGGAAAAGCUUCACUCAAAUAUCAGCCCUUUAUGUUCAUCAGAGAAUCCACACAGAUGAGAGGCCCUAUGAAUGCAGUGAGUGCGGGAAAAGCUUCACUCACAGCUCAGCCCUUUCUAAACAUCAGAGGAUCCACACAGGGGAAAGACCCUAUGAAUGCCGUGAGUGUGGGAAAAGCUUCACUCAAAUAUCAGCCCUUUCUGUUCAUCAGAGAAUCCACACAGGGGAAAGACCCUACGAAUGCCUUGAGUGUUGUAAAACCUUCAGUUGCAGCUCGCACCUUAUUCGUCAUCAAACAAUCCACAGAGGGGAAAGACCCUACGAAUGCAGUGAAUGCUGGAAAACCUUCAAUCGCAGCUCGCACCUUAUUAGCCAUCAAAGAAUUCACACGGGGGAGAGGCCGUAUAAAUGCUGUGAGUGUGGAAAAUGCUUCACUAAUUGUUCAGCCCUUUCUCAGCAUCAGAGAAUCCACACAGGGGAGAGGCCCUAUGAAUGCCAUGAGUGU